AUUUGCCAUACAACACUUCCCUGAUGAAAACGUCUGGAUUUGGACUAAUGAAAAAAGGAAUGGCCAGCAGUCGUCAGCAUAAGUGAAGCAGCAUCAUGAGACAGGCUUUGCCUUAUCAUAUCUACUCCUUUUGGGGACUUUUGCCCUUUUGGAUUCUGUGUUCGUCCUCUACCAACAAAUGCACUGUUAGACAUGAAGUAGCUGACUGCAGUCACCUGAAGUUGACUCAAGUACCUGAUGAUCUCCCCACAAACAUAACGGUGCUGAAUCUUACCCAUAAUCAACUCAGAAGAUUACCAUCUGCCAAUUUUACCAGAUACAGCCAACUUACUGUGUUGGAUGGAGGAUUUAACUCCAUCUCCAAACUGGAGCCAGAAUUGUGCCAAAAGCUCCCCUUGCUGAAAGUGCUGAACCUCCAGCACAAUGAGCUAUCUCAACUUUCUGACAAAACCUUUAUGUUUUGCAUGAAUUUGACUGAACUCCAUCUAAUGUCCAACUCAAUUCAGAAAAUUCAGAAUAAUCCCUUUAAAAACCAGAAGAAUUUAAUCAAAUUAGAUCUGUCUCACAAUGGUUUAUCAUCUACAAAAUUAGGAACCCAGGUCCAACUGGAAAAUCUCCAAGAGCUUCUAUUAUCAAAUAACAAAAUUCAUGUAGUAAGAAGUGAAGAACUUGAUUUCCUUGCCAAUUCGUCUUUAAAAAAGUUAGAGUUGUCAUCAAAUCAAAUUAAAGAGUUUUCUCCAGGGUGUUUUCAUGCUAUUGGAAAAUUAUUUGGUCUCUUUCUGAACAAUGCCCCACUGGGCCCCAGUCUCACAGAGAAGCUGUGUUUGGAACUAUCAAGCACAAGCAUUCAGAAUCUCUCUCUGAGUAACAUCCAGCUGUAUACAACCAGCAAUAUGACUUUCGUUGGACUAAAGCAGACAAAUCUCACCACGCUCGAUCUUUCCCAUAACAACUUAAAUGUGAUUGGUAAUGACUCCUUUGCUUGGCUGCCACACCUAGAAUAUUUCUUCCUGGAGUAUAAUAAUAUACAGCACUUGUCAUCUUGCUCCCUUCACGGGCUCUUCAAUGUAAGAUACCUGAAUUUGAAACAAUCAUUUACUAAACAAAGUAUUUACCUCGCUUCACUCCCUAAGAUUGAUGACUUCUCUUUCCAGUGGCUAAAACGUUUAGAGUCCCUUAACAUGGAAGAUAAUGAUAUUCCAGGCAUAAAAAGCAAUAUGUUCACGGGACUGAUAAAUCUACAAUAUUUAAGUUUAUCCAAUUCCUUCACAAGUUUGAGAACGUUAACAAAUGAAACAUUUUUAUCACUUGCUCAUUCCCCUUUGCUCCUACUCAACUUAACCAAAAAUAAAAUCUCAAAAAUAGAGAACGAUGCUUUCUCUUGGUUGGGCCACCUAAAAGUACUUGAUCUUGGUCUUAAUGAGAUUGGGCAAGAACUCACAGGCCAGGAAUGGAGAGGUCUAGAAAAUAUUUUUGAAAUCUACCUUUCCUACAACAAAUACCUACAACUGACUAGCAACUCCUUUGCUUCGAUUCCAAGCCUUCGACGGCUGAUGCUCAGAAGAGUGGCCCUUAAGAAUGUGGACAGCUCUCCCUCACCUUUCCACCCUCUUCAUAACUUGACCAUUCUGGAUCUGAGCAACAACAACAUAGCCAACAUAAACGAUGACAUGUUGGAGGGUCUUGAGAAACUAGAAAUUCUGGAUUUGCAGCAUAACAACUUAGCACGGCUCUGGAAACAUGCAAACCCUGGUGGUCCUGUUUAUUUCCUAAAGGGUCUUUCUCACCUCCACGUCCUUAACUUGGAGUCUAAUGGCUUUGACGAGAUCCCAGCUGAGGUCUUCAAGGAUUUAUUUGAACUAAAGAGCAUUGAUUUGGGAUUGAAUAAUUUAAACAUUCUUCCACCAUCGGUUUUUGAUACUUUGGCGUCUCUAAAGUCAUUGAGCCUUCAGAAGAAUCUCAUAACAUCGGUUGAGAAGAAUGUUUUCGGGCCAGCUUUCAAGAACCUGAGUAAUUUAGAUAUGAGCUUUAAUCCUUUUGACUGUACAUGUGAAAGUAUCGCCUGGUUUGUUAAUUGGCUUAAUAAGACGCAUACCAACAUCUCUGAACUAUCAAGUCAUUAUCUCUGCAACACGCCACCUCAGUAUCAUGGGUUCCCAGUGAUGCUUUUUGAUACAUCACCCUGCAAAGACAGUGCUCCUUUUGAACUCCUUUUCAUGAUCAAUACCAAUAUCCUAUUGAUUUUUAUCUUUAUUGUACUGCUCACCCAUUUUGAGGGCUGGAGGAUAUCUUUUUACUGGAAUGUUUCAGUGCAUCGAGUUCUUGGUUUCAAAGAAAUAGACAGACAGCCAGAGCAGUUUGAAUAUGCAGCAUACAUAGUUCAUGCUCAUAAAGACAGGGAUUGGGUCUGGGAACACUUGUCCCCAUUGGAAGAGAAAGACCAAUCUCUCAAAUUUUGUCUGGAAGAAAGGGACUUUGAGGCAGGUGUCCUUGAACUGGAAGCAAUUGUUAAUAGCAUAAAAAGAAGCAGAAAAAUUAUUUUUGUUAUAACACAUCAUUUAUUAAAAGAUCCAUUAUGCAAAAGAUUCAAGGUACAUCAUGCAGUUCAGCAAGCUAUUGAACAAAAUCUGGAUUCCAUUAUAUUGAUUUUUCUUGAGGACAUUCCAGAUUAUAAACUGAACCACGCACUCUGUCUGCGAAGAGGAAUGUUUAAAUCUCACUGCAUCUUGAAUUGGCCGGUUCAGAAAGAACGGAUAAAUGCCUUUCAUCAUAAAUUGCAAGUAGCACUUGGAUCUAGAAAUUCAGUACAUUAAAUUUAUUUAAAGAUUAAGUUAGCAAAGGAGAAACUUUCUAAAUUUAAAAAGUUCCGUGGUAAAUUUAAGUUUUACUUGAAAGUAAUGUAAUCUGUUUAUUCAUAUUUAUAGGUAAUGAUGUUAGAUCACAAUUAUAUUUUGACUGUGGAAAUGUAUCUCCCUAUUUCAGGCCUCUUAAUGACAAUUGACUUAAUUUGACACUAGAUGAACAUAUAAAGCACAUAAGAACCUCCUCUGCUAAUGAAUACACAAUUGGUCACUGAUGCCUCUGACAACUUAAAAGGGUUUUAAAAUAUUUUUCAUUUAAGUAAAAGUUAGAGUUAUGUGGAGGUUUGUGAUAGUCAUUUUGUUAGAUGCACUUAGAAGGAAAGAUAAUUGUUUUAAUGGGUAUCAUGCUAUUUCAAUUGUAAAGAAGUAAAAUACAUACUCACAUUUUAAAAAGUUUAAUUACAAUAUUUUUUCAAUUGAAAAACAUUGUAUUUUAAUAGUGCCUGCCCCAGUGUUGAUUUUGUUAAAUGGUAAAUAUCUUUUUAAUAUGCAUCCUCAAGGGCAGAAAACGUUUGCAAUUCAUUUUGGUUACUUAAUGAAAAAAAUAUUUUAACAAAUACUUGUAUUUUCCUGAUAGCGUUUCUGCUACAGGAGGGCAGAAACAAUUCUCUUACUCAAAAGUAUUGUAGACAGGCUUGCUUUCUGAAGCAUAAUGAGUAGAUUGGCUUUGUGGAAACAAAGAAUUUCCCUCCCCUGGUCCCAGACUCAGGAGAAGGGGUUGGCCAAAUCACUUGGUCCCAUUGGGAUUCUUUGACUCCUGAUCUUGAAAAAUUAUGAUAAAAAUAAAAUCUUAACCAUUCCUGUACAAUUAGUGAUGAUGCUAUUGUAUAUUAUAUUCACAUGGAAUGUAUUAGUUUCCCAUCAAAUAAUAUGUUAUGUGUAAAUUAGUCCUUAUCUAGAAAGACUAUUGUUUUAUUUUUGUUUUACGAUAAAAUAAAAAAGUUUAUUUUUGUUUUACAAUAAAGAGUCUAAUAAUUGGAAAUAGA